GCUCCUGACCCAAAUGGUGGAUCUGGACGCCAUGCUCUACAUGGACGCAAGUUUCAAACAUAGAGCCUGGAUCGGUUUGUCUGAGGACCUGGACAGCUGGACGUGGUCCAUCACUGACCCCGACUUCUACAGAGACGGAGAAGCCGCGUUCAGGAACUGGAACAUUGGGGAACCAAACAACUACCAGGGGAAAGAAAGCUGCGUCGGGAUGUGGGACAACGGCUUGUGGAACGACAAUCCCUGCCAGAUGUUGGCCAAAGCAAUCUGCCACGACGUGCGAGAGCACAAUGUUUCGCUGACCUUCGUCAACCAGGCGAUGAGCUGGCCUGCAGCCCAGAGCUACUGCAGAGAGCGUCACACAGACCUGGCCAGCGUGAGGAGCUCGCCAGAGAACGAGCAGAUAAAGGGCCUAGUCCAAUCAGCAGGAGAGGUCCAGGCCUGGAUCGGUUUAUACAGAAACUCCUGGCUGUGGGUGGAUGGCAGUAACUCCUCCUUCCGCCACUGGAAAGCGUCGGAACCAAACGGGUCCGAGGAGAACUGUGCGGCGGCCGUUCCUGCAGACGGCGGCUGGCUGGAGGACCUUGCUUGCUCCUGGAAAAUGCCUUUUUAUUGCCACGCAGGUGAGGCUUGA